AUGGAGGCGAUACUUGAGAAAGUUAAUAAUCUUACUCAACAACAAGAUGUGACGGGCCAGGAGAUUCAGCGUCUUUUGAGUAACUACCGGAAAGAUUCGGUAGCUCGUAAGACAAGGGAAUAUCUCACGACGAGAUUGGAACAAUUGGAAAAUCUCUGGACAGCCUUUUCGGAGAGAAAUGAAGAGCUUGAAGAGUUAGCGCAUUAUCUUCCAGCUCAUCCAUAUUUCGAGAAACAAUAUUUCUCUUCAAUGCAGCGCGAGUACACCAAGUACAAGGAGGACAUUGCGGAACGCCUUCAGGGUUUGGAAGGCACGUCCAAGUUGAAUAUCGAUUUGGGUAAAUCAGACACGGGUGCUUUAGAUACAAGGGCCGCCACGGCAGCAAACAAUGCUCAGAACGAGCUUCCCAGCGAUGUCGUGGUACUAAUAAGGCAACAGCAAUCAAGGAUACGGGCUGUGGAAAACAUUAUUAGCGGCAUCGACACAGUUGAACAGGCACAACCCAAAUCAUACUACGAAUUGAAGACAGCUACUUUAUCAAAGUACUGGGAAGAGUUGCGUCAAGGCCAUCAGAAUAUAUGGCAAUAUUCCAGCGAUCCAAAUGAGUUAGGGUACAACGAGGAGAAUUUUCUCAACCUCGAAGAGCGAAUUCAAGACACUUUAAUAUUUCUCGCUGAAUGCCGUUCAAAGCUAGAGCCUAGCAUAGCUACCGCUACAAGGGCCUUUCCAAGCAUCAACUUGCCACACGUGACAAUUCCUGCCUUUGACGGCGAUUAUGCACAAUGGCAAUCCUUCCACGACUUAUUCCGUCAGAUGAUCCACGAGCAGCAAUUGGGAAAUGCUCAGAAAAUGUGGUAUUUGAAGACCAAUCUAAAGGGUGAAGCAGAGCGACUUAUACGUCAUCUGCCCAUCACUGACGAAAAUUAUGACAUUGCAUGGACAACGCUAACAAACCGCUACAGCAAUCAACGAAUCAACGAUUGA